AUGGUCGCCUCGCCCGCACCACCGCCCGCACCCCCGAACGCCAACGAGCACCUCUUCAACGGCGUCUCCUUCUUCAUCACCACCACCGUUCACCCCGACCUCACCGACCUCCUCAUCACCUGGGGCGGCUCCCCCUGUCCGGCUCCGCCCACCCCGUCCACCUCAACCCCCUCCUCCUCGACGGCGACCCGCCCACCUCGCUUCGACCCGGCCCGCGUCACCCACAUCGUCACCGACACGCUCGACUUUCCCGAGCUUGCCCUCGUCCAAGCGCGCAACGAGCCGGGUGCACACGGCGGCGCGAGCGCGGCAGACGCGGCGGUCGAGGUCGUGACGCCGGCGUGGGUCACGCGCUCGUUCGACCUGCAGGUCCUCCAACCACCACGGUUCUACUCGGCCGACCGCGCCUUGUUCUUCUCGGGCACGAUCGUGUGCACGUCCGAGCUCCCCGAGCCCGACACGCUCGCCAUCCACGCGGCCGUCGUCGCGCUCGGCGGCCAGACGCGUCGCGAGCUCACGCGCGAGGUGACGCACCUCGUGUGCGCAGCCGCGCACGGCCACAAGUACGAGAUGGCGCUCAAGUUUGGCACAGAGCUCGGGAUCGUCGUCGUGCUGCCGCAUUGGUUCGAAGAGUCGCUCAAGCUGUCGACGCUCGUCCCGAUCGACAUCUACCGCUUCCCCUCACCCCCCUUCUCGACCUCGCUCCGCCCCGUACCCUCCACCUCGACCUCCACCACCACCACCGCCGUCUCCUCCUCCUCGCGCCCGACCGCCACCGCCCCAGCCCCCAUCGUCCCCUUCGCGACCCGCCUGCACGACUACUGGCGCACGCGCCUCGCCGCCCACUCGACCACGCCGCACCCGCGCGAGCACGAGGCGGGCCUCCCGCCCCCGGCGACCGAGCCCAACACGGCAACGGCCGUCAUCCUCGGCCCUCGGCGGCGCGGCGGCGCGUUUGCCGCCGGCGCGGCGAGGGCGGGCGACGAUGACGACGCGGCGUACCUCGCUUCGGCGGGCGCCGGCGGCGGUCCAGGGGCGGGGGCGGCGACGCUGCCCGACCGCCCUGCCGCAGCGGGAGCGAGCGCGCGACGCCCGUUCGCCGGCAAGCGCGUGUACCUCGCGAGCGACCUCGGGCUCGGGCAGGGGCUCGAGCGCGCGCUCAGGGCGCGGGUCCAAGACGCGGGCGGCGAGUGCUGGAGCUUUGCGAGUGCGGGGCGGGGGAGCGGGAGCGGGAGUGGGAGUGGGUCGGCUGUGGGGCUGGGGCUGGGUGCGAGCGAGGGGGAGGAGGAGGGGCGCGAGGAGGAGGAGGAGGACGAGGGCGAGGGGCUCGGGGAGCGGGAGGGGGCCGGAGCGGGUGCGACGAGGGGCAGGAGGGGGAGCACGGCCGAGAGGGAGGACGCGUGGGCCAAGCGGCGCAAGGCCGAGAAGCGCCUCAGGGCGAGCGACAUUGUCGUCCUGCGCACGAGGGAGGGCUGGGAGUACUGGACGGCCUACGACGCCAACCUCACGAUCGGCAACCUCGCCUACCUCUUCCACUGCCUCGCCACCUCGUCGCUCCCCUCGCCCCUCUCGCGCCUCCUCCACUACCCGGUCCCGUCCCUCACGGGCCUCCCCGCGUGGCGCGGUCUCGACGUCGUCAUGACGGUGAGCAACUAUGCUGGCCCCGCGAGGGACUAUGUGCGCGCCAUGAUCGAGGCCCUCGGGGCGAGGUUCGAGGGGACGAUGAGCAAGGGGACGAGCUAUGUCGUUUCGGCGUCCGAGUUCGGCUCCAAGGUCCAGCACGCCCGCACGUGGGAGCUCCCCCUCGUGACGCACCUCUGGCUCGAGGCCCUCCUCCUCGAGUGGCGCCUCGCGCCGCCCACCGCCCACCCGUCCUACACCCUCUCGGGCUCGACCACGUCGGGCACCGGCGGCGCGGGCGCGACCCACUUUACGACCCUCCUCGGCGACACGGCGUGGACGCGCGAGGGCAUCGAGCGCUGGGCCGCACUCGACGAGCAGCGCGAGGCGAGGGCCCUCGCGACGAGGGACGUUGGCGAGCUGCAGCGCGAGGAGGAGGAGCUGCUGCGGGGCGCGCUCGAGCUCGACGGCGAGGGCGAGGGCGAGCGAGACCGCGAGGCGCACGUCGGCGAGGUCGGCAUGGACGAGUCGGAGCCGACGAGGGGCGCAGUCGCCGCGACGCGCACGGCCUCGCCUGCGCCGGCGCCGGCGCCCAAGGUCACCAAGGCGCGCCGCACGAGGUCGCCCUCGCCCGUCGCCGAGCCCGCCGUCGCUACGGCGAACGCUUCCGCACCUGCCGCCGACGCCGCCGCCGCCGCCGUCGUCAAGCAGCCGCCGCCUUCCUCGUCGCCAUCGCCCGUCCCGUCGCCCGCACCUGCGCCCGCACCUGCGACCGCGCCCGCGCCCGCCUCGAAGGGCAAGGAGCGCGAGCCGCUCCAGCCGCAGCCGCAGCCGCAGCCUCGGCGGUCCGCGAUGCGCGAGCCCGAGGAGGAGGACGAGCCCGAGCCCGAGCCCGAGCCCGAGGCGAUGGACGUCGACGAGGCGGACGAGGAGGAGGAGGACAAGACGCCGCUCGCGACGCCGCCCAAGCGCGCCAAGAAGGAGGAGAAGAAGGGCAAGGGCAAGGGCAAGGAGGAGCGCCAGGCCAAGGCCAAUUCGAGCAAGAAGGUCGUCCGCGAGGCGUCCUCCCCCCUGUCCGACCCUCCUCGCUCCGCCUCCCCCGCUCGCCGCUCCUCCCCUUCCUCCUCCUCGUCCGACGAGUCGCCCCCGCCGUCGGCCAAGGCCAUGGGCAAGACGUUCGCCCUCAUCAGCGACGCCAACCUCGUCGUCGGCGGCUCGAAGCGCGGCGCGGCGGCCAAAGCGCGCGCGGCACUCGUCGCCCAGAUGGGCGACCGCAACGCGUACGAGCAGGAGCUCAAGAGCAGUGGGCGCAAGGGAGGUGCGGGCGGUGCGGGUGCGGCGGGCGCGAGGCGCAGUCGGAGCCCGAGGAAGGCGAGCGUGCGCGUCAAGGACGAGGAGAGCGAGGACGAGGAGGACGGACGGGCGGCGGGUGCGAGGGGCGCCGGCGACGAGGAGGACGAGCCUGAGGGCGUCGUCAAGCGGCGCAAGAAGGAGGCGAGCGCGGCCGUCGGCGACAAGGCGGCGCCGUCGCGCAAGAAGGGCAAGCGCUCGGCCAAGGCGGCGCGUGACGACGACGACGACGAGGAGGAGGAGCCCGAGGACGACGACGGCGACGAGCCCAAGAAGAAGAAGGCCAAGGUCGGCGCCGGUCCGGCGCACAAGGGCCUCAAGGCGGUCCAAGCGUCGGCGACGACGACGCAAGACCCGGGCGCCGUGUCAAGCUUCGACAAGCCGCCUAACGCCAAGGCUCCUGCUCCCGUCGCCAAGAAGAUCCGCAUCAUCUCGACCGGCCUCCAGCUCGACAAGACGUCCCCCGACAUCAAGGCCCUCAAGUCGCUCGGCGCGACCUGGACCGACCGCCCGUCCGAGGCGACCCACCUCGUCGUCAAGGGCAUCUCGCGCACCGAGAAGUUCCUCUGCUGCCUACCGUUCGCGCCCAAGAUCGUGGACAAGCGGUGGAUCGACGCCUGCGUGUCGGCCAAGAAGCUCGUCGACGAGGCGCCGUACCUCCUCAAGGACAAGAAGAAGGAGGCCGAGAUUGGCGACACGCUCGAGGCCAUCCUCGCGCGUGCGCGCAAGGGCAAGCUGUUCGGCGGGCGGUCCGUGUACGUCACGCGGCAGGUCCAGCCGGACUGUGCGACGAUGCAGAGGAUCCUGCAGGCGGCGGGCGCAGUCGUGCACGUCAAGGACCUGUCGCGCACGCUCAAGAAGAUUGCCGACGAGCCCGACGCGCUCGUCAUCUCGACGCCAGCCGACCGUCGCGAGUGGGACAAGCUCGUGCAGCCGCCGUACAGCCGCCCGGUGUACAGCGUCGAGGCCGUCUUUGCGAGCGUCAUGCACAUGGACCUCGAGCGCGGCUUCACGUCGGACAACCGCGUCGACCCGCAGCUGCACGACGACUGA